AUGAAGAGAGAGUCACAGACUCAUGGAGCAUUCCACAAUGAUUUGACUGAGUCUGUUCAGCCUUUGAUUGAGUUGAUUGACUCUCUGAGGUUGAUUGGCAUUGAAAAGGAUAUGGAUCUACCAUCAAUUGCAGUGGUAGGAGAUCAAAGUUCUGGAAAGAGCUCUGUUUUGGAGGCACUCUCUGGGGUGGCUUUACCUCGAGGAAGUGGUAUCGUCACUCGCUGUCCCCUUGAGCUGAAAUUGCGGAAGGUCAAAAAAGGACCAUGGUCCGGGACUAUUUCUUACUGUGGUCACAAAGAGACCUUUUAUGACCCAUUAAUGGUGGAUAACCUAGUUAGAAAAGCUCAAAAUGAUCUUGCUGGAAAUACGGUUGGAAUCAGUGAUGAACUUGUUUCUUUGGAAAUUUCAUCUCCUGAUGUUUGUGACCUCACUCUGAUUGAUCUACCUGGUAUAACCCGUGUACCUGUGCAAGAUCAGCCUGAAGAUAUUGGAGAACAGAUCAAAAUCUUGAUACAGAAAUACAUUUCCAAAAGUGAAACCAUCAUUUUAGUUGUGGUGGCCUGCAAUGUUGACAUAGCAACAACAGAAGCACUAAGAAUGGCACAACAUGCAGACCCUGAGGGAUACAGAACACUUGCAAUUCUCACAAAACCAGAUCUCAUUGACAAAGGAGCUGAGAUUGAUGUUUUGAACAUUGUCCAGGGCAGAGUUGUUCCUCUCAGUAAGGGUUACAUUAUUGUGCGAUGUCGUGGUCAGAGUGACAUCAAUAACAAAAUUCCUCUUGAUGAAGCCAUGGACAUAGAAAUGGAAUUCUUUAGAAACCACCGAUAUUUCAGUUCUCUACUGGAUGAUAAUAAAGCAUCUACUCUGUGCCUAACAAAUAAAUUGACCAAAGAACUGGUUGAUCAUAUCAAGAAAUCACUACCACACUUAACUGAGCAGAUAAAUACUAGAAUACUUGGUGUGCGAGAAGAGCUUAAAAAGUAUGAUCAGGGUCCACCUCCGGAAGAAGAAAAGAUGGGACCUUUUUUCAGUGAGAUAAUAAUAAGGUUCAACGAUCAAAUUGAUGAACUGAGUAGAACAGGACAUUCAAAAGACAGAAAUAUUUAUGCACUUCUACAUCCUGUGUUCAAGAAAUGGGACAUCCACUUGAGAGAAACUGAAGAAUUAUUCAAUGAAAAAAUUAAAGAAAUUAUAGAAAAGUAUAAUGAGAUGCAUCGUGGGAGAGAAUUGCUGACAUUUAGUGAGUACAUAAACUUUGAACAUGUCAUCAAAGACCAUGUGGCAGCCCUUCAAAAGCCAGCUAUGAAAACACUGAAAGAUGUACGAGAGAUUGUUAAAAAUAAAUUCAGGGAAGUAUGCAAUUUAUGUUUUGUUCAGUACCCGUUACUGCAGCACAAUGUCUUUAAAAAGAUUGAUGAGAUUCAGUCAAAACAAGAGGCUAAAGUGGAGAAAAGAAUCGAGGAGUUUAUUGCUAUGGAGCAUCUGGUUUUCACCCAGGACAAGGUAUUGCAAAAGAAACUUGAUGAAUCUGAGAUCCAUCAGAAGACUGGGCUAGAACGUUAUGAGAACCUCCAUGAGGAAGACAUGGUUUUAAAUUCCAAAGGCUGUGGGUUGUUGGAUACGAGGAAUCUAGUACCAGAAAAACUGGCUCUUUAUUAUGAGAUCAUCUAUCAACGCCUGACAGACUAUGUGCCCAUGCUGCUAAUCCUCUUCAUGCUUAAGAAUGCAGCUAAGACAUUGCAACAUCAAAUGUUGGAAAUGAGGAACAGAGCAGAUGUGGCCAAGCUGCUGACAGAAGACUCAGAACAAGGGCGCAGGAGAGCUGAUCUAAAGAAGCGUCUGGAACGUCUCACGGAAGCUCAAGAACUAAUAAACAACAGAUGCUGACAUAUCUUUAUAAAGUUGUGGAUAUGCCUAAAUUAAGCAUAUCCACUGGGCAAAGUUACGUCCAGUGGACGUCUUUUUUAUGUCUUUGCUGACAUUGCAAGACGUCCACUGAGGAGUCAGAAUGAAAGUUUUAAUGACUUUCAAUGUCUUUUCAAUGACUCCUUACAAGAUUAAAAACUAAUUCAAAAGUGGCAGUGAACAUAUUUUCAUCAUCAAUUAAGGUUAAUUUAGGCAUAGCUUAUACUGUUUCUGGACCAAAUCAACAGUCUCAUUAUGCAUUAGAUUUAGAGUCAUGUUAUUUCCAUGUAAUUUCCAGACACUGCGUUUGUCCUAAAGUCAAGAAAAAAAAAAUCUUUAUAAAAUAAUGAAAUAACUGAUGAUUGAGCAUGUGGUAAAAUCAACUGCAAAUCAAAGACAUUAAAUCUCUGAAGAUCUCAGCUGAGGAGGAUCAAAGUGGGUAAUGACUAUAUAAAUUUGUCACUGGAUAUUUAUAACGGAUCUCAAUUUAGAAAUUCUAUCAAUUAUUUCAUUCACUAUAGCAGACAAAGCAUAAUAUAAAUAACCAUGAAAAGUAUGAAAUUCUGUCAGUGUUUUUGUUUUUAUUUUAUUAUUUUUUUCCCAGUUAUUCAAUGUAUACACAUGCUUUGCAGGAUUUAUUUAAUUUUUUUUCCUCUGUAGGCACACCUGUAUCCUGUAGAUCAAGUAGUAGACCACCCCUGGUUCAAUGCUCAGUUAUUGCACAUGAACUGAUAAAAUGUACACAAUGUAAGUCAAGUCUGCCAAAUGCAUAUGGUAAAAAUUUAAAUUCAUAUACAUUUUUUACAUUUUAAGAUAGAAGGUUUGAAUGUUGGAAACAUGCAAAACAAGGGGGAAAUAACAAAAGAAAGAUUAACAUUACCUUUGUAAAUCAAUGUUUCAUUUACAUUAAUUGCACUAAUAAUAAUAAUAAAAAAUCUAACCCCCAGGUCUUUAUUUCCUAUGUGAUGUUGUUUGAUGUUGUUGUUGCAGCAACUCAGCAUGAUGCUGGAAUACACUACUCAACGUUUGGUCUAAUUUAGCCUACAGUCUGUAGCCAGCUACUGUAGUGGCCGUAAGUUAGAGCCAGUCUGCAGAUUUAAGUUUACAGAUUUCACAGAAAAGUGUGCAGUCCACAGAU